CCCUCCUUUUAAUCUUCUUCUUCUUCUUCUUCUUCUUCUUCUUCCCCCUCUUCCUUCUUUCCCUCCCCCCACUCCCACUUUUUCGUUUGACUCUCUCCCUCUCUCUAUCUAACACCAAUCCUUCAUUUCGAUUCGUCCAAAUCAGAGACGCGGAAGAUAAAUUUCUCACCGCCUUCGCUUUUUCUCUAUGCGUGCUUUGCAUCUCCUGUACCAGCAAUGGCCGAGCGGAGAUUCACGAUAGGCUACGCGCUUUUGCCUAAGAAGCAGCAGAGCUUCAUUCAGGAGUCCCUGGUCAAUCUCUCCCGUUCCAGGGGCAUAGAUUUGGUCAGAAUUGAUACCGACCGUCCCUUAGUGGACCAGGGCCCUUUCGAUUGCAUCCUCCACAAGCUCUACGGCGACGACUGGAAGCGCCAGCUUGCCGACUUCCACGCCGGUUGUCCUAAUGCAGCGAUUAUCGAUUCCCCUGAUGCCAUCGAGCGCCUCCAUAACCGGAUUUCGAUGCUGCAGGUCGUUUCCGAGCUCAAGAUCGAGAGCGACGGAGAGACCUUUGGUAUUCCGAAGCAGAUUGUCAUCUACGAUAAAGAGACGUUAUUUGAUCGACAGGCCUGGGAGUUGCUCAAGUUCCCGGUCAUAGCUAAGCCCUUGGUUGCCGACGGCAGCGCCAAGUCUCACAAGAUGUCUUUGGUUUUCAACACCGAUGGUCUUAACAAGCUCAGGCCGCCAAUCGUAUUGCAGGAGUUCGUCAACCACGGCGGUGUUAUCUUCAAGGUUUAUGUCGUCGGUGAGUACGUGAAAUGCGUCAAGAGGAAGUCUCUGCCGGACGUCUCCGAGGAAAAACUGAAGAGCGUGGAAGGUUCCUUGUCCUUCUCUCAAGUGUCCAAUUUGGCCACUCAUGAGAAGAGUGAUGACAAGUACUACAAGAUGAUGCAUUUGGAGGACACCCAAUUGCCGCCACAGAGCUUCAUCACCAACAUUGCCAAAGGCUUGAGGCAUGCAAUGAACUUGAAUCUGUUUAAUUUUGAUGUGAUUAGGGAUUCCAGGAUUGGGAACCGCUACCUUGUAAUUGACAUUAAUUAUUUUCCUGGAUACGCAAAAAUGCCAUGUUACGAGACUGUUCUGACAGAUUUCUUCUUAGAGGUGGUGCAAAGGAAGGGAAGAGAGGAGGGGAGGAGCUUUGGUGAGGCUUCUAGUGAGAAGGCAAGUUUUGACCGACAGAUAUUUAGCUGUGACGGAGAAGUGAGGAAAAUGGUGUCCAAUACUUGCUGCAGUGACGGGGAAGACAAGGAAAACCCCAUUCACGUUUGACAGAUGUGUAGGGAAUAGCCGUGAAUAGUAGUCAGGCUCAUUUUGUUGAUUGAUUUCUGGUGUUCUGUUUCCAGAAUUGGGUCAAGCAUUAGAACCAUUGUGCCAAUUCCGGUACUGAACGGACUUUCCUGUUUCAUUUACAGUGGUAAAAUAAACAGGUCAUCUUUGGGGUUAGUUUUAGCCUCUUGACAACAUUACGUGGUGGUCACUGUUGAUCAUAUGUAUAUUCUGUCAACCAUUGCUCAUGAGAUAGGUACUUCUCAAAUACAUCGUAAGUUUUAGGGAAGUUAAGUUGUAUCUGAGGCUUUAACAUUUUCUUUCUUUGGGUCAGAAUUUGCACUAGUUUCAAACUUUUAGAAACAUUAGGGAAUGGAACUUCUCCAUUUUGCCAACGAAA